AUGCUAUUUCUAUUGAAUCAUCUCAAGGAUUACAGUACCGUGUUUUUAUGUGGUGCUGGUGGCAUAGAUGGAAACUUGGAUGCUCUUGUAAUUCCUCUAUCACCAAAUCCAGAAGGUUUUCAAGAGCCUAUUCACGAUAUUAAAUAUUAUUUUUGUAAACGACCUAAAGAUUAUAAAUGUGAAUUCUUUCAUUUACAAAUUAAUAAAAAACAAAAAGUUGGAAUUGAAUUAGGUGAUCGUGAUAUUGUGAAUCAUUCAGGUCGCUCAACACCUAUUACAAAACUUUUUUGGCAAGGAGUUCCACUUGUUACAACUAUGUCAAUUACAGGACAUAAAAGCGAAUCCUCAUAUAGAAUUUAUGCCCGUCCAUCUACUCAACAAAAAGAAGAAGCAUUGUCUUUACUAAUUGAUAGUGUUGGAACAUUGCCUUUGAAAAAUGAUCAAUCUCUUUCUAAGUCGACAUCACAAUCAUCAUUAAAGAAAAUAUCUUCAGUAACCAAGCCUUUCCGUCAACCUCUUAUGGAUUCUGAAAGAAAUCUUCCGUUACAUUCCAAUGCAUAUGCAUAUAAACCUAAUACGAAAAUUCAACAAUCUGAAGAAUCUAAUAAAAGUAACACAACUAUAAAGAAUUAUUAUAUCAAUGCUGAAAAUGUUACUAUUAAUUAA